UGUCUCCCCCUUCAUUCUAUCUUUCUUUCACUUUUGCUUGCCCUCGAACCUUUUAAAAUGUUCCCCCUUCUCUCUGAUUCGUCAGACGCGAGAGAAUGUCCCUCUUUUUGUCUCCCUCUCUCUCUCUCUCUACCUCACUCCCUCUCUUUCUCUCUCCGUCUCUGAUUAGAUACACUGAUUCUUCAUUCAAUGGACGUCAUUUAGCACAGACUCUGCCUUGAGUUGCUUCCUCGCUUCACGCUCGAUUUCCGACCAUUCUUCCCUUAUUAAGUAUUCGUGUAAUAUUAAUAGUCAUGAAUAUCUGCUAUUAGGAGUCCAAGGGAAGAAGCAGACCUCUGCUAAUAUGAGCUCGAGCGAGGCAACAGCUCAGUGACAGAACGAGAAGACAGAAGAAGGAUAUAAGAAACUUUAACAAUAAUCUGCAAGACAAAAUACAGCAUUUUAAAAUCAAAUGAAGGGCAGCAGGAAUUUAACCAAAUUCUGAUGGAUUACUGUGCUUCGGCGGUGCAUAUUUGAACAUUGGCGCUGUGAUCUUGCUAUAGUGUUGUGCUGGGUUUAUUUUAUUUGCUCUUAUUUAUUUUCGUUGAUCUAUCAACAUUUUUUUGUGAAAUUCUUGCGUUUUGAGUCGUUCGAACCGCUUCACAGAUGUUAGUGCACAGUUUUUCCGCGAUGGAUCGUCACGACGGCACCAGCAAUGGGACAGCCAGGUUACCUCAGCUGGGGAGCGUGGGUCAGUCUCCUUACACCAGCGCCCCUCCGCUCUCCCACACUCCAAACUCCGACUUCCAGCCUCCUUACUUUCCUCCACCUUACCAGCCCAUCUACCCCCAGUCUCAGGACCCUUACUCGCACGUCAACGACCCUUAUUCCCUCAACCCCCUUCACGCCCAGCCGCAGCCGCAGCACCCGGGCUGGCCGGGACAAAGGCAAAGUCAGGAAAGCAGUUUGCUGCAUCAGCAUCGCGGGCUGCCCCAUCAACUGUGUAGGGAAUACCGGCGAGAAGUCCUUCUCCCGUCGGGUCACGGAAUUGAGACGGGACUCACAGAUUCUCUCCCUAUCCAUGGAAUACCUCAUUCUCUAGAAGAUGUUCAGCAUGUUGAAGAUCAAGGCAUUCACAUCCCAGACCAGACUGUGAUUAAGAAAGGUCCUGUGUCUUUAUCCAAGAACAACAGCAACUCCGUUUCGGGAAUCCCUAUCAAUAAGGACGGACUUUUCGGCGGUGUGGUAAACCCCAACGAAGUAUUCUGUUCUGUUCCGGGUCGCCUGUCUCUUCUCAGCUCAACAUCAAAGUACAAGGUCACGGUGGCGGAAGUGCAGAGACGCCUCUCACCGCCUGAGUGCCUCAAUGCGUCUCUGCUGGGCGGGGUGUUGAGGAGAGCCAAAUCUAAGAACGGAGGAAGGUCCUUAAGAGAAAAAUUGGACAAAAUUGGAUUAAAUCUACCAGCAGGUAGACGCAAGGCCGCAAACGUUACAUUGUUGACGUCACUAGUAGAGGGCGAAGCAGUGCAUCUUGCCAGAGAUUUUGGUUAUGUAUGCGAGACAGAAUUCCCCGCCAAGGCAGUAGCUGAAUAUGUAAACCGUCAGCAUUCCGACCCAAACGAACAAGUCCAAAGAAAAAACAUGUUAUUGGCAACGAAACAAAUCUGCAAAGAAUUCACAGACCUGCUUUCCCAGGACCGCUCGCCCUUGGGGAAUUCUCGACCACAACCUAUUCUUGAGCCAGGGAUUCAAAGUUGUUUGACCCACUUCAGUCUUAUUUCUCAUGGAUUCGGGACCCCAGCCAUGUGCGCCGCCCUCACCGCGUUACAGAACUAUCUGACUGAGGCAAUUAAAGCCAUGGACAAAAUGUACCUCAACAAUAACCCGAACAGCCACUCAGACAACGGCACUAAAGGCGGAGAAAAAGACGAGAAGCACAGAAAGUGAUUUCACCGUUAACAAAUAUAAAUAUUAUAAAUACGUAUAAAUACUAUUGAUCGAAAUAUUACUUGCCACUUCCUGUUCUCGCGGUUUUACAAGUCUGUUUUUACCACAACUCGACUUUGGAUUCAUGGGAAGCAAUGAAUUUCCCCCAGAAUUAAAGUAUAAAGUGAAAAGAGCAAUGGAGCCGUAUCGGAGAGAGGAGUUUGACACUUGAGGACUUUUUUAUGUACUCCCUCUUUUAUGAGCUACAACGGACUGAAUUUCAGCAGCAACCCUUAUACAUCUCAAUUUACGAUUGUAGCCACACGAAAAGAAGCGAAAAGAGGAUGACUUUUUAUCAGUAUUGUGAAUAAUAAACUUGAAAAAAAAUCCACAGUUCCAUGUCAUGACUUCAGUUUUAGGCUCACUCCAAGCGACCAACUUGAACUUUGAAUUUCAACACGAUUCACGGUUAUAUAAGGGAAUCUGUGUUCAUGUAUGUACAUAUUUAUUUAUGUGUAAUUUAAUGGGAAUUGUAAAUAUGGUGUGUCUGUUGAAAUCUUUUUUUUUAUUUAUCUGGUGCCUCCUGUUUUAGUGGGUUUAAGUAUUCGGUUAGUUCUUCAUGUGGUUAUAUGGUUCUUAGAAAACAGAAUUUUGGGGUGUUAUUUUUUCUCUGGGAUAUUUCCAUUCAGCCCUCUUGUAGCAUGUUGAGGCGACAUUGAAGCAAGUGAACAAAUUUGAUAGAAAUAAACUUCCAUUUUCUCCAUAGAUCACUCUCAUUACACCCAGUUUUCACUGAAAAGAGCAAAAGCGAGACCCUGACGAGAAAUGGAACUGUUUUGUGUUUUUAUUUUUUUUAUACAAGCCUAUAUGUGUUGUGCCAAUCAGAAUACGUUUCACCUCUUGUUCUUCCCCUGAAGCACCAUAAGAGCAAUAAAUUGAUAUUGUCUUUUGAAAACAUUUUUUUCUUGUUUGAAGAAGUUCAAAACAUUUGGGACCACCUGAUAGCUUGUAUGUCCAAUGUCCAAAUUGGAGGCGGUUUUAGCUGUAUUGUAUAGACCUGUGCUGGCAAUAGUUCCCAUGCCUGUCAAUGUAUUAUAGUCCUUUGUUGCCCAGAAAAAAAUAAAUAUUUG